AUGGUAUCCAUCGAUGGAGCAUCUAUUCUCGGAAGUUGUAAUGAUAGUGCGGCUGCUCCAUUGAUGGUCUUCUGUCUUCUGUCACAUGGUACUCAAGUUUCUGCCAACAACAAGCGCAAUCUUGCACUCCUUGCUACGAUGAAUUUCGCGGGCUUGUGCUGGUGCUACUGUCAAACAAGAAAGUAUAAAAUUACAAUGGAUGGAUCCCUCGUCAUUGAGAAAGCCGAUCUUUCUGAUGGCAAGAAGAAGUACAGAUGCAUUUGUAGAGACGAAAUGGAUAAUGAAUCAGUUUCAAGUAUCCCUUGGGGUCAACUUAUUGUUACAGAACCAGCUACUUUACUCGUACCUCGCAUCCGCAACAUUGUUCGAGAGCAUCAUUUCAAAGUUGGUGACACAGCUGAGCUCUUCUGCUUAGCUCAAGGAUAUCCGGUGCCUUCGUACACCUGGUACAGACAAGAAGGAGCUCGUUUACAACAAUUGUCUUCAAAUCGCAGAAUGCAAGUUUUAAAAUCGACUCUUCACAUCCAUAAGGCUUCUAAAAUGGAUACCGCAACUUACAUUUGCGUGGCUAAUAACAGCGCAGGAGAAGACAGGACUCAUUUGCAACUCAUUGUGACAGAUUCCCUGAGAGCAUCAGUCUAUCCCGAAAAAUUAAUCGUCAAAGAAGGAAUUAGCGUUACAUUUACGUGCAAUGUCACAGGGCCCCAAAUAACAUCCCUCGUCUGGACCAAGAACCUGAAACCAAUCAUUACAUCUGCGAGAACUAAGUUAAUCAGUUCUGAAGUCCUUCAAAUAUAUUCUGUGCAGAGGGAUGACAAAGGAAUGUAUCAGUGCUUUGUACGAAGCAAUGACCACUCAGCUCAAGGUGCUGCUCAACUUAGCUUAGAAGGUGGAUAA